AUGGACGGACCUUCGAUGAUGACGUCCGCGCUAAUCUUGCCUCGCCUCACUAUUUACGCGGGCGGCGGUGGGAUGAGUGCUCGUGACUGGCCGCACCUGCGCGGAUUGGAGCUGGCCGAUCCGGAUUUCCUCGCGACGGACCCGAUUGAGAUACUCCUCGGCGCCGACGUGCAUGCGGUUAUUAUCCGCGACGGUAUAAAGAGAGGCCGUCCUUGCGAGCCUGUGGGGCAGAACACAGCGUUAGGAUGGAUAAUCUCAGGAGCAGCCGAUGCUCAUAUUAAAAGUCAGUACGUACAUACGCAUCAGUGCACUAUAGGUGAUGAUCUUUCGAUGAUGGUCAGACGUUUCUGGGAGCAGGAAGAACUCCCUGUUACCGCUGCUCCAUUGACGCCGGAAGAGCGGGAGUGUGAGGACCUCUUCAAUCGCACGCACAUCCGACUGCCUGACGGGCGGUAUAUGGUUCGCCUUCCAGUCACUGGACUACUUCCUGACUUCUCCAAUUCACGGCAGACGGCAGCCCGGGUGCUGGCGCAUGUUGAACGGCGGCUCGAGCGAGACUCGACAACGCGCACUCUUUAUUGCGACUUCAUGCGCCAAUACGAGGACCUGGGACACAUGUCAAUGGCAGAGGCUCCGACUAGUCGCACUUCAAGGCGAACUUGUUAUCUACCGCACCACGACGUGUUGCGGGCAGAAAGCUCAUCCACCAAACUAAGAGUCGUAUUCAACGGCUCGUCAACUAUUGCCUCUGGUCAGUCGUUGAACGAUUACCUCUAUCCAGGACCGAAUUUACUGCCUUCGCUGGCUGACGUCCUUCUCCGAUGGCGUCUGCACAAGUACGUCCUUGCCGCAGACGUUGAGAAGAUGUUCCGACAGAUUCAAGUCCACCCCGAGGAUCGCGAUCUGCAACGUAUCUUGUGGCGUCAUGAUGAGGCCGAUAAAAUUAGGGAUUAUCAGCUCAAUACAGUUACUUACGGUCUGGCGUGCGCCCCUUUCCUAGCUAUGCGAACGUUGCGGCAGCUGGCCGACGACGAGGAGAAUCAUCAACCAUUGGGAGCUGCCAUCUUGCGCCGAGAUGUCUACAUGGAUGACAUCCUCACUGGCGCCGCCAACUACCAGGAGGCGAAAGAGAUCCAGCGGCAGCUUUCACUUCUCUGCUCGGCGGGCGGGUUCCCUCUCAAGAAGUGGUCAGCCAACAACAUCUACCUGCUGGAGUACGUCCCAAAGGAGGAUAGGCUGCAGAGAGACUCCCUCUCCUGGCUUCUUCCAGAGAGCCAUUCGACGCUCGGGUUGCGGUGGCACCCUUCUCGCGACCACUUUUCAGUCGUUUGCAGGGCUGUUUCGGACUCGACUCCUACCAAGCGAUCUGUCUUGUCUCAAGCAGCUCAACUGUUCGAUCCGCUUGGAUGGCUAGCCCGGAUGGGCGAAGAUCCUCAUCCAGACCACGUGGCUUCAAGGACUCGAGUGGGAUGA